AUGGCGGAUUCCGUGGAGGCCACGGAGGAUUCGGUGGAGGUUAUGGAGGAUUUCGCGGAGGAUAUGGUGGCGGAUUUAGAGGGUAUGGUGGCCACGGAGGAUUCGGAGCUUUCCCUUGUUAGUGCCUCCAUAGCGUUUCCGUUUAGAGGAGGUUAUGGUGGCUUCGGUGGAGGUUACGGAGGCUUCGGCGGAGGUUACGGAGGAUUCGGUGGAGGUUACGGAGGGUUUCGCGGAGGAUAUGGUGGCGGAUAUAGAGGAUACGGUGGCCAUGGAGGAUUCGGGGGCCAUCGUUUUGGAUAA